CGGUUACUUUAACGCCAUCUGUCGGCCAUUAAUAAUAUCGAAAGUAAAGCGCGACAGUGAAGUGUCUAUUGGAGACUCUUGAUCAGCACAAGCUCAGUUACAAACAAGCUUUAAUUAUCGACCCCAAGGUUGCUCGAAAUGGCCACGUUUUUUGGGGAAACUGUAAUUUUGUCCUCCCGAGCUGUGGAUGAGGAAGACGAGGAGGAAGAAGUAGAGGAUGAAAACGAGGAAGACCGCGAAAUAAAGCGAGAACUCGAAAAAAAAAGAGAGGUCCACUUGCACUGGAAUGCAGAUUUCAGCAGACAGUUUGAAACCUCCAGCGACAAAACCUUGCAAAUCUCAGAGCUCAUCAUAGCGGUUGGAUAUAAUGCCUCUGGAUUUCUGUCAGCAUUUGCAUUGUCUUCAGGAAAAUGGGAGACCGUAGGAAACAUUUCUCUGUGGAAUGAAAAGAGCAGAUUUACUAGAGAGACCAGUCUGGAGCAUCCAGGUGAACCUUCCUGCAUUUUCUACAGAAAGGAUGAAAAUCCAGAGGUUUUGAUCUGCCAGUGCACAUGCUAUGUAGCUGAGGACCAAUUGUUCCAAUGGGCUGCCAAGGAAAGAAAUGUUUUGGGCUGCAUUGAAAAAAGAAGUUUAAAAGUGACUAUAUUGUCAGAUUGUCCUGUAGCUAAUUACAGAUCUCCAGAGUACAUCUCUGCCAUUCCGGUUCCUUUUUUAAAAGCACUGAAGACAAGGACAUAUAAUGAAAAUCUAUGUUGUUCUCCUCUUGAACAGCCUAAUGUUGUUUCUGGAAUUCCUGCAGCAGUUCUCAGUUAUUGUCAGGUCCAUCAGAUUCCUGCUGUCCUGUAUCAGUGUUACACAGAUGUGGUUAAACUAGACUCUGUUACAAUUGAAACUUACAAGUCUACCCUCAGUUGCAGCAGUCUUAGAAAAUUAAUAAAGCCCUGCACUGCCUUGAGUACGGAAAUCUUGAAGAAGUUGACAGAAGAUAAUGAAACACAAAGCAACCUGUACACAUAAGUUAAAACUCCUCUUAACCUAUAUACAUUAUUAUUUUUUAUGAAAGUUAUUUUAUUAUUGUGAAGUUAAAGGACAUUUUCAUUUUUUUAACAAAUAUAAGGAUUUUUGAACUGAUGUGGAACAGACAAUGCCAUGCUUUGAUGUCAAAAUAAAGAUAAAAACAAUUGUAUGAUA